CCAUCCACCCCUUGGAUCUCAGUUCCUAUGGAAUUCAGAAGGAUGUGAAUUAAACCCUGUGAUUUAGGAAGACAAAACUCCCCCGUUUGACUCCCACACCAUUAAAUUACAACAUUCCCAAGAAAAUGGGAACUUUCCCCUCUCUCUAAGGGGGAAAACCAAGCGAUUCUGGUAAUUUCCAAUCAGGAAUGUUUCCCCAGCAAGAACUUUUUUUCUCCCAGAGCGGGAAUUUUUCUCGGCGCGAGGAUUUUUCCCUGCGGUUCAUUCCCAAUUCUUCCCUUCCCAGACGCGCCCAUGGAGCCGUUCCUGUCCGGCUGCACCUCCACUGUGCACCCACAGCCUCCCAGGCAGGGAAAACGUUCCCGAGCCGCCUUUUCCCACAGCCAGGUGAUCGAACUGGAGCGGAAAUUCAGCCACCAGAAAUACCUGUCAGCCCCGGAGAGAGCGCACCUGGCGCGGCACCUGCAGCUCACCGAGACCCAGCUCCGUUGGUGUCCCAGAGCUGCCGAGGAUCCCGAAUUCCAGCAGGGAAGGACAGCUCCUCUCCGCUGUUGCAAAAUGUUCCCAUCCCUGCUCUUAUCCAGCAACAAAAAUCCCUUUCUCCACCUCAAAGCUGGGAAUGCCCCCACCCCCGAGGGCGCCUCCUGCCCAAAUCCCAAGGAUUUCACUCCCAGAGCCUCGGGAUGCCGCUGGAAUCCAGGCACAGAAUUUAACCCAAAACCGCCGGGAAAGAGCUCGGAGCUUCCCACAGGGCACGGCCUGGAGUGGGAAUGGGAAGGGCUGGGAAAAGGAGAAUGAACUGGGAAUGGGAUCUAAACUGGGAAUG